AUGUUCAAACCCCUUGGUGGACUCUUAUGGAGUCUGCUGCUGACAGGUCUUGCCCACGGCAGUCCUUUAGCAGAGUCUCACCCACAUGUCCUGGAGGCCCGGCAAUCCUGCAAUACCGCAUCCAACAGACAGUGUUGGACUAGCAACUUCGACGUCAACACUGACUAUGAAGCACAUGUGCCCGAGACCGGUGUUACCAGACAAUACACCUUGACCUUGACCGAACAAAGCACCUGGAGAGGAGGUGAUGGGCGGUUGAAGUACAGUGCAAUGCUUGUCAAUGACUGGGGUGACAGACUCCAGAUCACCGUUAUCAACAACAUGAGAUCCAACGGGUACCACUCUCACUUCCCACUGCAGUACGGAAACGGCAUCCUCGGACCCAUCGUCAUCAAAGGUCCCGCAUCCGCAGACUACGACACCGAUCUUGGACCGCUCGUCCUCUCCGACUGGUACUACGGUUCAGUCUUCGAGAUUGCCCACCGUGUCAACAACCCCAGCAACCCCUUUAUCCCCAAUUUCCCCGGCUCACCUCCCGCCAGCGACAACGUCCUCUUAAACGGCCGCAACAUCAACCCCGACGGAUCCGGGGGCUCCUACACCCGCAAGACCCUCACCAAGGGAAAGAAACAUCUCCUUCGACUGAUCAACACCUCCCUCCAAAACGCCUUCACCGUCAGUCUCGUCGGCCACACCUUCCAAGUCGUCGCAACCGACAUGGUGCCCAUCAAGCCCAUCACGCGCGACCACCUCUUCCUCGGCAUCGGCCAACGCUACGACGUCGUCAUCAAUGCCAACCAGCCAACAGCCAACUACUGGUUUAACGUGACCUUCUCCGCCCUGCCCUGCGGCCAAUCCGACAACCCCUAUCCAGCCGCCAUCUUCUCCUACUCGGGCGCCUCCUCAACUUCCUUACCCACCCAGCGCGGCGUCGCACCCCCAGACUCGCGCUGCGCCGCUCCAGAGCGUGAUUACAGCCCCAUUGUCUCCCGCUCCGCUGACGUCAACUCUUUUGUUGCUACCACCUCCCACACCCUAAACGUCGACCUAACAGUCGACAACUCCCAAGCCCGCGUCUUCUGGCCCGUCAACAACUCCCCCCUGCUUGUAAACUGGCAAGAACCAACCCUGCGCUACGUAGCCAACAACACAUUAUCAUCCAUCCCCCGCUCGCGCAACCUCAUCCAAGUCCCUGGCACCAACACCCUCACUUAUUUCUUGAUACAAAAUAACUCUUCAAUUCCACACCCCAUCCACCUCCACGGUCAUGAUAUCAUGAUUUUGGGGUCUUCUCCCCCGCUAGCAAAUCCGCUAGCGGAAACGCAGGUGAGGGAGUAUAAUCCUAAUACGGAUAAGAGUACCCUGAAGGGGAAUAAUCCGCCAAGGAGAGAUACAACCAUGUUACCAGCUUGGGGAUGGCUGCUGGUGGCGUGGAGGACGAAUAACCCCGGCGUGUGGAUUUUUCAUUGUCAUGUUGGGUGGCAUGUGUCUCAGGGGUUGGGGGUGCAGAUUUUGGAAAGGCUGGAUGCGUUGAGGGAUGGGGGUGGGGGCCAACUGAGUGAGAUUGGGACUAAUUGUGGGAAUUGGGGAGCUUGGUAUCCGGGGAGUAGGUGGAAGCAGGAUGAUUCUGGAUUGUAG